CUCUCAUCAUGAUUGAUUUUUGUCGUGAAUUUCUCUGAAAUCCCAGCUGUUCAGCUGCAGCAUCUGCAUUGCGCCUGCUUGAACUGAAUGCACUUACAAAGGCGCGUCCCAUAAAUCAGUCAUCAUGUCGGCUACCGUAGACGAAAGGGUUACAGACGAAGUGGAAGCUUUAGAGGCUAUACUGAUGGAUGAUGUUGUAAUAAAAAGAGUGAAUGAUGUGCCUGAAAUAAUAGAGACUGUGGUCCACCCGUCGACGGGCGACGACGUAGACCAACAAUUCGUUUGCAUCACGUUGGAAGUGAAAUUGACCCCGGAUUACCCCGAUAGCAGUCCAGAAGUGAACUUAAGGAAUCCUAGAGGCCUGGACGAUCAAUUACUCUCGACUAUUAAUUCACAAAUCAAACAAAAGUUACUUGACUGUUUAGGCCAGCCUGUUGUAUUUGAACUUAUUGAGCUUAUCCGUGAUAACCUUACGGAGAGUAAUCUUCCUAGUGGUCAAUGUGUUAUUUGUCUCUAUGGUUUUGUUGAUGGUGAUGUGUUCAUCAAAACCCAGUGCUACCAUCAUUUUCAUAGCCAUUGUCUUGCCAAUCAUUUGAUUGCUGGCAAGAAAUACUAUCAAGAAGAACUAGAAAAACUGCCGAAUUGGCAACAGAUGCAAGCUCCACCAUAUCAACAAACGUGUCCUGUCUGUCGGUGCCCAGUUUCCUGUGACGUUGAUGUCCUGAAGACUGCUCCACCACCUGUGGACUCUGUCACUGCUCCACCAUUUUGUCUAACAGCAGAAUUAAAAGCACUACAAAUAAAAAUGGCGGCUCUACUAGCCAAGCAAGUGGCCAAAGGUGGGGUAGUGGGUGUGGGAGAUACUGGACCACCCCCUUUGACCAUUACUUCACCAUCUGACCAUGAUAAUGAAGCAACAAAUGGUUCUUCAAGCGUUGCUCAAGAAGGAGCAAAAUCAGACGCUAUCGGGGCUUCAACAGACGGGGCAAGCCGGGACGCCGCGGGCGAGGCGGCUCCCGGUGACCCGCACCCGCAGCAGCGACGCCCCCCGCCGCCUAGCGCCGCCCCCCUCGCCCCCGCUCGCCCCACUACCCUCUACCCCUUUUACCCCCUACCCACACUGCGCUGCCACUCCUAACCCGCCACUCUUACCGACUUGCAAGAAAACCUAUAAACGUUUCGUCACAGCGCAGACAGUACCACGUACCCAUGAAUACAUUCGGAGAGCUGCCGAAUCCACUUCAACGAUUUCAAAUCACUCUCGGUACGUUUCGAAGGUGUUAUAUUCGAUUGUAUGUAUCUCAUUUCUUAAAUCUACGAUGUGAUCAAAAUGAAGUUCUGUUUGUGAGAAAAGUAGAUGAAAUUAUGGAUCUUUUAAGGUUGAAAUUUAUGAUAAACAUAUUCAAUAAGAUAAUCGGUCGAGUUUUUCUUAGACAAUUAUGCAAUGAAAUUUUAUGGAAAUUGUUGCGUGGGAUUUCAGCUCGACAAAUAUUGGGUAAGCAAAAGACCAUAUUGGCAAAAUGUCAAAAAGAAUUUGUGAUGAAGUCACUGAAACAUGCCUCCGUAGUAAGAUUACAAUCUCCGUGGAGACUGGCACCUCGAAUCUCGAAUAUUCUUAUGGUUUGUGUUCUUCGGCUAAAGCCGGAUAUGAGACUGACGAUUUAGGCUCCCAUUUUAAUCCCUACUUAAUUUAGGUACUUUACUCGUGGACCACAUAUCGAGCUUUAUAUUUAAUUUUGUCAACUAAAAUAUUGAAGUUAUGUCAUCUAAUGGCUUGGCAUAAUCAUGUCUAUUCUAAUUACCUGGACUUAUUAUACCUUGAUAAUUAUAAACCAAAACAAAAACUCUGUUGGUACUUUUGUACUUGUUAUUAAAGGGGAAUCGUGUUUCACAACUAUCAAAUAUAGUUUUUCUGAUAGAGAAAAUAUUCUAGGAUGUCUAUCUACAAAAACAAAAAAAAAGAGUAUAUUAAAGCCUUCUUUUUAAAAUAUUUAAUUAUUCAUUUAUAUUUUUGUUCAAUGUGAUUUAACUUUUUUUUUUGUUUGUAUAAUUUUAGACAAAUAAAAUAAUACUUUAUUCAAUUGCUGCCUGUGGUCGGAAUUAGGUAGAGUUAUUCAUGUACUUACACUGAUUUCAUACAGCGAAAGAACAAGUGGAUAUGCCUUAAAUCCCGAGAUUAAUUUUAAAGAGCAUAAAAAAUCCCGUGAUUUUUUAAAUAAAAAGUUAUUUACUUUUACACAAUUUAAACUACCGCACGCACGACGUUGCCAUACUUACAUC